CACCACCUAAAACUCACUUGAAUCUGGCUCUUUGGGUUGUGAGGUGUAAAAUGCAUAUCGUCUCUGCGGCGCUCGAAAUGCCGCCUAUCAUGAUCGAGCAGCAUCUCAUCGGAGUGGCUGCCUGUCUGCCAGCCCAAUGACAGCGAUAUGUUGUUAUUCGAGUUCAUCAGCCGCAGUUUCUCUUGAAUAUGUGAAGCAAAUGUCGAAAGUGUCUUAAACCACCGUCAACCUCACCCUCCCAUGUCUUCUUGAUCCAGGGGUAAUCCUCCCUCAAAAUGACACCCGAAAGAUUCAACAUCCCCCGAGCCUUCAACUGGAUCCUCCCAGCCCAAGUCUUGCUAGCCGCAGUAGCCAUCUACUCCUCCACCUACGUCUUCAACCUAGCCACAACCCCAACAAUCCUCACCAUCAUCGCCACCAGCAUCCACCUCCUCCUAGCCCUCUGCCUCUGCCUCACCCAUUCCAUCCCAACCCGAAACACCCACCAAAUAUUCACCACCCCCAUCCUCCUCCUGCUCCUCCUCCUCCUCCUCGGCACCGGCCUCUGGGCCGCCAGCCUCUGCUACCACGCCAAACAAGUCGACCUCCUCCUCACCCACCCGCUCCUCUCCCAAACCACCACCCAACCCCUCACCCCAACCUGGUCCAAAAUCGGCCUCGCAACCACCGCCCUAAACCUCUUUCUCGAUCUCGCCCUCCUCCUCCUACUCACCCUCUCCAUCAUCAUCGACCAAAACCCAUCACCACCACCACCACCCUUACCAACAACCAUCAGUUACCCCCAACAACAGUCCCACUACACCAGCCACCACCACACCUACUACUUCCCCGCCAUCCCCGAAUCACGCAUUUAA